UUGUUUACAUUAUUAUUACACAACCCCCCUUUUCCGUUCCGAUAUUCUAACGAACUAAAGAAUGGUAGCUGAACACGCAUACCCUCACUCAAUCUUCAAAACUCCAACUUAACACCACUUCACACGCCUUUAAUUUUCCGCUACCUUUCUUAAAUAAUGAGAAGAAAAACAGCAACAAAAGCACAGCAUGGUUGGUUAUGCAUAUACCUUUAAUUCUUAAUAUAUAUAGGACAAGAAUAAGGCACCAUGAUUGAAGAGCGUUAAAGUUUCAUUUCGACUACUAGCAGUAAACUAAUAUUAAUGGAUUGGUCUAGCUCUGGCAUCACUACAUGGUUUAGAAGGCAUCAUCACCACACAAAAUUGAGAGUGGUUGGCAUUCUUAUUUUGAGUCAACUUGUUUCUCUAACUCUUGCUCUCCUAAGCCUCACUUCCUCUGUCAUCUCCCAAAAAUUCGGCGUUUAUGCGCCUCUCACUCAGAGUCUCUUUGUCUACGCAUCUUUGGCUUUGGUUUAUGGAACUAUCUUGCUCUUUAGGAAUCAAAAACCUCUGGGUUUUUGGUAUUGGUAUUUAUUGUUAGGUAUUGUUGAUGUUCAGGGCAAUUAUUUGGUUAACAAAGCAUAUCAGUAUUCGUCAAUUACUAGUGUGACCCUACUCGAUUGUUGGACAAUACCUUGGGCCAUUCUAUUCACAUGGAUUUUCCUUGGCACAAGAUAUUCUUUAUGGCAGUUAAGUGGUGCAGCUAUAUGUGUACUUGGCCUCUGUUUAGUCAUGUUUUCUGAUAGUGAAGUUGGUGGUGGAGGCGGUUCAAAGCCUCUCUUAGGUGACGUACUUGUGAUUGGAGGAACACUUUUCUACGCAAUUAGCAAUGUUGGUGAGGAAUUCUGUGUUAAACAUAAAGAUCGUGUUGAAGUAGUUUUCAUGCUUGGUCUUUUUGGAUUCUUAAUCAGUAUUCUUGAAGUGUUUGUUAUAGAAUUGAAGAUGCUGGAAUCAGUAAAAUGGUCUCCAGAUAUAGUACUUGCUUUUGCGGGCUUUGCUGCAUGUGGCCUCAUCUUUUACACACUUGCUCCUUUUGUUUUAAAGUUGAGUGGGGCAACAAUGUUCAAUCUUUCUGUUCUAACUUCUGAUAUGUGGGCAGUGGUUUUCAGAGUUUUCUUAUAUCACCAAGAGGUGGAUUGGCUGUACUUUGUUUCUUUUGCGAUUACAGUUGUGGGUCUCAUCAUUUACUCUCUAAUAGAGAAGGAUCCUGUUCCAGCAUCACCGGGUAUUGAGGAUGGGAAUCUGAACACCGAAUACCAAAUGCUCUGUGAUCAAAGCACAGCAUCUGUAAAUAAUUCUAUUGCUUCGUGAAGAGAUCUAGCUUUGUAAACUUGUUAACAGUAGUAGUUGUUAUUUCGUUAGAA